GCUGCAUAUAGUCAUUGAACGAAGUGAUUUUGUGGCCAUUUUUGUGAUGGCGGCCGAUAUUUAUAGAUCGUAAGGGUGUUGUUAGUUUUCAAUAAUAAAUGUUAUAAAAUGGAGGAGACAAAAGUUAUUUAUUAUAUAGACGACGAGGAGACGCCGUAUCUGGUUAAAAUACCGAUAGCGCCUGAAAAAGUGACAUUGUUGGAUUUUAAGAAUCAAUUGAAUAGACCGAAUUACAAGUUUUUUUUCAAAUCAAUGGACGAUGACUUCGGUGUUGUUAAAGAAGAAAUAGUCGAUGAUAACGCUCAUUUGCCGUGUUUUAAUGGUCGUGUAGUGUCGUGGUUAGUGUCGGCAGAGGGUUCCAAUCCUUCAGACGGUGCUUCUCAGUGUACCGACAGCAAUGCUGGUAAAACGAAACAAAACAUCCACGGAGCACCGACGGCGCCUCUCACAAGGGACACCUGCACUGACACGGAUAGUACGAUAAGCUCUCGACCUGGUCACAGGGCUUCGUGUGAUAAAUACAAAUACAGAGGUCUACGGAUAAACGGCCAUUCCAAAUAUGGUAACCACGGUCUUGAGUACGAGACAGCUUCCGUUCUUAGCUCUGACUUGGACUCCACGAGCUUAUUCGAUAGUCAAUCUGAGAUUACGACAACUACAGGCAGGCAUACCAACGCCUCAGUGGAUAGGGCUCUUACAGAAUGCAGCAGUGUGUCUCAUUUGCAAGUCAGUUCAAGAAAAAGACCGCAAAGAAGACGAAAAAGGCCCCAGGUGAUGUCAAGAACGUCUUCCUACUCCUCUAUAACGGACUCCACAAUGUCAAUGCACAUAAUUACGGUGACUUUAAACAUGGACACAGUAAAUUUUCUUGGAAUUUCCAUUGUUGGGCAGUCUAAUAAAGGGGGUGAUGGUGGUAUAUAUGUGGGGAGUAUCAUGAAAGGUGGUGCAGUGGCUUUGGAUGGUCGUAUUGAACCUGGAGACAUGAUUUUACAGGUGAAUGAUGUCAACUUUGAAGACAUGACAAAUGACGAAGCAGUGAGAGUCCUACGUGAGGUGGUACAGAAGCCAGGUCCCAUCAAGCUGGUUGUGGCCAAGUGUUGGGAUCCUAAUCCGAAAGGCUACUUUACCAUACCACGGACGGAACCUGUGAGACCCAUUGACCCUGGUGCCUGGGUGGCACACACGCAGGCGCUACGCGAGGCGUAUCCACCUCCCCCUCUGUCCACGCUCCCCGCUGCCUCUAUCCCCGAGCGGGCCUCCGACGUGGGCUCAUUACCUCCUGAACCACAAUUAUCUGUUGGAAUGGACAUGGCCCUAGUCGUGAGAGCGAUGCUAAGGCCUGAUUCAGGUUUAGAAAUACGCGACCGUAUGUGGCUGAAGAUCACUAUACCGAACGCGUUCAUCGGCGCCGACGUCGUGGACUGGAUACUGCAGCACGUGGCCGGCAUCGCUGACAGACGCGACGCCAGAAAAUACGCAUCGCACAUGCUCAAGGCCGGCUUCAUCCGUCACACGGUGAACAAGAUAACGUUCAGCGAGCAGUGCUACUACGUGGCGGGCGAGCUGUGCGCCGACCUCGCCGCCCUGCGCCUGCGCAGCGCCGACCAGGACAGCCUCGCGUCCGACACGCUCGCGCCGCUGCCCAACCCCAACAUGAUGGGUCCCGGAUACAUGCCGUACGCAGGGUCGUACGGCUACCAGCCGAUACCCUUCAAGUAUUCCUCAUGUGUCACCAGCGAGCAUACCAUAUAUGGAUACAAUCGAGAAGAAAGCGUCCUGUCGGGUAGUGGGGGUUCGAGUGCCGGAUCAGAUCAUCUUACUGCAAAAGAGCCAACGGCAGCGACCCGUGAAAACGAAGUGAAGUCAACGUCGAGCGGGUCCGGCGCCAGCGUCGUCGCGGACGGCGGUGGCGGCGGCACGCGGCGCUCGCACUCGCACUCCAGCGGCUCCGACCGCGCCAACGACCGCCCCGUGCUGUUCCUGUAACGGACAAAGUUCUGAAGCGUCCGCCACUGCCAAAUAAUUAUAGGAAUUAACGUACGUAUUAAAUGUUAUGAACAAUACUAUACAUUGUAUGAUAAUUAUUAUAAGUAACGUCAUCGGACAGAUGUAACCACGUAAUGGACCAGUGAUAUAUAUGAUUGAUAUCAUGACGUGGAGUGACGACGGUGUGCGUUAUGCAUUAGAAACAACCGACAUUUUAAUUUAUUUUAAAUUUAAAAUAAAAAAUUAUUAAUUUUAUAUAUUUUAGAAUUAACACUGUUUUUUUUUUUUUUGUUAUUUCAAUAUUUUAUAGUGAUAAUGUUUGCAUGCGCAUUUCAUACGUAUUUCUAUUUUUGACAUUUAAUUUUGUUAAUCGGUAAGUUUUUAAAAUGUGAUCAGACUUUUAGUAUAUUCCAAUGACAGGUGUAGGAAAGAUAAACUACACUACAAAUAGCUCUUGGUUAAUUACUGAUGGUAGGGCAUUGUGUAAGCCGGUCUGGGUAGGUACCACCCACUCAUCAGAUAUUCAACCGCCAAACAGCAGUACUUGUUAUUGUUGUGUUCCGGUUUGAAGGGUGAGUGAGCCAGUGUAAUUACAGGCACAAGGGACAUAACAUCUUAGUUCCCAAGGUUGGUGGCGCAUUGGCGACGUAAGCGAUGGUUAACAUUUCUUACAACCAUCAGGUGGCCCAUAUUCUCGUCCGCCAACCUAUACUAUUUAAAAAAAAAAACUACACCGAUAUUGAUUGAAAACACCAUUUUAUCACAAUGAAUACCACAGGUAAUUUACUCGACAAUCUCGUUUCGUCCAAUGAUGUCAUUUCAAGAUCAAAUUUGUUUAUAUAUCUACUCCUGUCAUUGGUAUCGACUAUAUAUAAUGUAAUUUUUUACAAUUGUGAUUGUGCCAUUGUUUAUUAUAUAUAUUUGUAUAAUUUGAAAAUAUCCUUAAUACAUAUACGUGACAUGAUAAUUUCAAUUCAUUUUAUAACAAAACAAUUAUGUAUGUUUUUAAAAAUGUAUUUAAAAUCGAUCUUAUGUACUAUUGUAUACUAUCUUUUAAUAUAAUUUGACGUAACUAAAACAUAUUGCUAACUCUUUCUAAUAUAUGGGAAUUUUUUUUACCCCCUAUCGUUAAAUGGGGGUAAAAAGUUGGUUAAGCUAGUAACGUUUUAGCUCAUGUCAAAUUAGGUUAGUUACAUUUUGUGCAAAAGGAUUAACAAGCGGGUCAGCACGAUUGGACGACACUCCCUUUUUACGCCUGAAAUAUUGAAGGGAGUCGAAAUGUUAAAUGAAACAAAGUAAAUGCUUUCCACCAUUUUUAUAUAAUUUUAAUUAUUUGAUACAAUUAAUUGAUUAAAUAAUUAGAUUAUCAUAAAAAAUGCUGUUCUAGGUUAUAUACAAAGUAAUAAAUAUUUAGCAAACGUGAUUGAAUAACGUGAAAUAUUUGAUAAGCGCCAUCUAUCGGUACGAGUUUUAACAUACUUACUUAAAUGCUUUUUUGUAAGAUUUAAAUGAAAGAGCUUUCAUCCAUUGAUCGCAGUAAAUAUAAAUAUUUUUAAAUCAAUUAAAAGUGUAAUCAUUUUAAUUUGGAAUUAAUAAUUACGUAGAAACGAUUGGCUUGACGAAUCGAUAUACGAGCGGAAAAGUCGAAUUGAAAUUUAUUACAUACAAAAACAUAACAUUUAUCAAAUCAAAAACAAAAUUACCCUAACCUGAUAAGAGCAAUCCAUAAAAAAAUAAUUCUUUUUCGUAAAUAUAUAUUGUAAUACAUAUAUAAUAAUGAAAUUGUCACCGUACUCCAUUAUUAUUUUUACCUUCAAUAUAAACAAACUCCGUAAUAAGUUAUGUCAAUUACAUUUAUUGCACUUGUUAUAAUGCAAUUUCUUAUUUAUCUGACGAAAAUCAUCAGCAUUUAUAUCAGCUUGAGGGUAUAACCCUGAGGGAGCAAGUUUAUUUACAGGCACAAGGGACAUAACGCCCUAGAUCUCAUUGUUGGUAACGCAUUGGCGAUGUAAAGGUUUUUUUGGUUCCCUUCAAAUUUAUGACCCCUUAGGGCGUGCUUCUAUAUAACUACUAAAAACCGAAGCUUUUUUUUAUUGGGACGCUUUCGAAUGACGCCCCGUCUAUGAUACCAGUAAGCUAAAAUUAAUUAUUCCAUGAAUAUAGUAACUCGACACACAUUGAAGUAUCUAUGUUAAAACAAUCAUAACAGAAGAAUAUAUUUGUAUUAUAUAAUAAAAUACUCUCGUUACAUAAAACAGGACGUGACUAAACCGAUUUUGAUAUUAUUGACGCCAAUUAUUAGUUAACGUAGCGACGCCAUAUAUUUUAGUCUUUAGUGUACAAUAAAUAUAAUUGUAUUCUAGUAAUUGUGAAUAGUUUUAGUGUUAAUGUUAAAUAUAUAGAGGACGUAAGCAUGGACGCCAGGUAGGUGCUCUAGAUAUAGUAUUUAUCAAAUGGAAAGUUGUAUUUUUAAUUUCUGACGUCAAUUCGAAAUGUAAACGUUCAGAAACUGUCUUUCAAUAUCUAAUCUUUCAAAUAUAUAACCUGUGACGUAUAAUUUUAAUUAUAAAUACUACAUAAAUUAACAAGUAUUUUUUUUUAGUAUUUAUGAUUAUUUAUUAUAUAUGAUUUACGUUCGAAUUUUCGUCAGAAAAUAAUAUGAGUCGGAUUUAGAAUGUAGUCGGAUUCUAUUUUUCAUACAAAUAAUAUUACUCCCUUAAAACACUUUUGGACACCUUUAAAGAGGUAUAUUAUUUUGACACCGCAUUUCAUUUACAUUCUAAUGGAUCAAAAUAAUGGUCCUCUAAAAUAUCGUUUAAUUUCAAACAAUGACUCCAGUGUUCAUUAUACGUUUAUAAACAGCUAAUACUCAAUUUAUUUUUAUUUAUAAUAAUGAUAACCACUUAUAUUUAUAUAAUUUAACAUAAACGCUAAAAUAUUUUAGAUUAAAUUAAUUAAAAUAUAUUUAAUGUUUUGUAUGAGGGUUGAUAUGACAAGACAGUUUUAAUGGGGAGUUUUAACUAUUAUAAUGGUAUUCGGGGAGAUUGAAUAACACGGUGAAUGGCAAUACAGUGCAACGAUUAAUUAAUUUAUUCUAAAAUUUGGCUUUAAUAAUUUUAUUACUGGAUUAUAUUUCAAUGGCAGGACGAGUAGAGAUUAAGCAAUCAUUGAAUUUAAAUAUUUCAUGCACCUUUGAUUUGCUGUAUUAUGUAUUACAAUAAAAACAAAAAUACCAUAGACUAUUUAGAUAUCCGACCAAUGAUAUCGCGUCAAUUCAAGUUGUCUAUUCAUCUCUAUUCCUCGCAGUGCCGGCUCUGGGUCAGAGUGAGAUAGCUAUCACUCUACGUGGCAGGGUAGCAAGGCGCGAAAAGGUAAACAGAAAAUCCACGUGGUACAUUGUCGUUGUUCGAUAUUCAUUUAUGUGGCAAUUAUUUAUAUAAUAUGUGAAGUGAAAGCGUCACCUAAAGGGCACUGAAAGGCAAUCUCGCUUAAUUAAGAUCAAGGACCGGCGUUGUGUCUGCCAUUGAAAUCGUAUAUUCAAACAACAGAAUCAGCGCAGUUUUUUUUUUUUGAUAUACACGAUAUAACAAAAUCAUAAAAAAUAGUUGUUGAAAUAAAUUUAAAUUAUUCGAUAGUAAUAAAAUAAUUUCUUCUAAAUGACACGACAACGAUGAGAAGAUGAUUGUUUAAAUUGGCUGUUUUAAUUUUUUUUAUUUUUAAAUGCAAUAAACACAGAUUAAAAAUCCUUAUCAAUGUAAUGACAGAGCAACUGUUAAAAAAGGUUAAGGUAAUGUUCGGUGAGCUUUAUUUUAAAAAUAAUAGGGCACACUUAUAAAAGAAUGUAUACGUAGAGUUGAUUGAAUCGGAAUUUAUGUAUGAGGGUAAUAAUGUACUUGUAUUUAAUAUGUACUAGUUUUAAGUAACGUAGCUAUAAAAAAAAUAUUUAUGAUUUUUCUUUUAGUACUCUGAAUUACGCCCUAAAGCCUAGUUAUAUUGUAUAAUCUGUAGAUUAAAAAAAAGUAUUUAUAUGUUAUUUUAAAAUUAGUUCGAACAUAUCAAGUUGCUUUUAGCCAUAUUGGAAUGCAGUAGAGAUUUAUUUUAAUUGAUUUUUUUCUCUAUCCUGUGCUAGUACAUUAAAAUCAGUGACGUCACAAUUAAUAUUAAUAAUUAACAAUUGAAAUUAUUUUAAUUUCAUUUGUCACUGAAAGCACAAACAGUACGGUGUUAAAUUCGUUAAAUUUAUUCUUAGUAUCACGUAUCCCAUUUGUAUGCGCCAUAUUGAAUAUUGUAUGUCUAUACAAAAUCUAUAAUUUUUAAUUUUUGUCUAUUUUCUAGUCCCCGAAGGCUUUCUUCCCUACGAACUUUCAUUAUUAUAGAGUAUGCAAAUUCAGAGUAUUUUAAUUUUGUGUUAUGCAAUAUAAUUUCACAGACUAAUGUAAUUUUUUUUAUAGAUUAUUUAUUUAUCAUCCGAAUAACUUCAUGUGCAAUCACUUCGAAUGCAAAUAAUCUUUUUUCGUAGAAAAAUGUAAUUUUGUCAUUGAGAUUUGGUAUUAUAAACAGAAACUAAUGUUUUUAUAAGUUCUUAAUCUAAUCGUAAUUAAUUUUUAGAUAGUUUGAUAUUUAAGGUAAAAUCCAUUAAAAGUUUUUUUAUAUUAAGAUUAGUCCCGACUUCGUAUCGAUAAAAUAAUUGUUUUAUUCAUUUUUGUUAAAAAAGCCUGUGAUCGCAGCGCCACCUACCGGGUCCAAUCUAAAUCAUCAUGGAACCUACCCCACCCACCUAAACACAUGUAAAAUUUAAUUAAAAUUGUUCCAGUUGUUUAGGAGUUAAGUGACAUAUAUACACACGUACAGAUACAUGUGCCUCAAAGAAUUAAAUGAAUAAAAACUAUUAUAUAAUCAACAAAGGUUUUAUAUUAUGUUCCGUGUUGAAUUGCAUACUUUAUAAUAAUGGGUGUAAAAUAAGCGUGUAAUGGCCGACCUCGGUCGCGGAUUGAUAACAAAUAUUUUUAGAUUUUGUAUAACAUAUUGAAAAAUGUAUUUUUUAAACAUUUUUUUUUAUAUUGUAAAUAGAUAAUGAUUAUUUCAACGAUUUUAUUUCAUAAUACUCAUACGGUCACAUUAAAACGCAUUUAUUUUUCAUUUUGUACGCCGCCAUUUUGACAUUAACAUUUUAAUGUUUUGAAAAUGGCGGGAAUACUGUUGUGAUACUGUGGCAGCCUAAAUUAUUAAGUUGUGUAUUUUUUUAUGUAUAAUAUUAAUAAUUGUCGUUAUUUUUUUUGAGAUAAUUUUGAUGGGCGAUGUUUAUGACGUGUAAUUUUGAAUAAACAAAUAGCAAUUUGUA